GCCAAUGCCCCGCAGGUAUCCUGCUGGGUCGACGUGUGGAUCUGGCGCCCUGGGGAGGUUGAUCUUGGGAAUGGUAGGGGCAAUUGGCUUCGCCAUCUUCGAGAAACCCGGGGUUCCGGGCGUGACGGGGGAUUUGAGUGAUGAUUGAGAGGACAUGGAGCCGAUGUCUGCGAGACUGGAAGAGUUCUUGCGCGAGCCGUCCGAGGUCGUGGAGCCAGACGUCUUCUUGCGAGAGAAGAGACCCAUGGCGCGAGGCGACGUCGUGGUUCCGACUUAUCGAGGAAAUGGCAGAUACAGGUCUCCGUGUGACUCGGCGGUGGUCGACUUAACGUUGGUCGAGAUGUUUGGAGGGCUGGCAGCUGUGGGAAGGAGUUUGGAGGAGAUGGGAUGGGAUGAACUUUGUUGUUGGAGUUGGAUUGCUCGAGCCGCAGACCGCCAAUGGGAGCGAGAGCUUCCUGACUCCCUCUCUUGCUGCAACCCACCAGCAUCAACUCCCGGCCCAACUCAGGGGACGCGCUUCUAUUGCCUUCGCCAGGGCCCUUGCUGGGCGCCAAUACGCCAAUCCAAAGAUCCGCCAACAAAAGACCGGUGGGGUGGUUCUCUGCUGCGCGGAAGCGCGUUGAACUUUCCGCUGGCUCUGGCUUCCGGCUGUCAGCUUGAUAGGGUUGGCUCGGCUUUGCUUUGCUGCACCUCUCCCCAGCGAUGUGACGAGCGUAACCCAGUGGGAGAUAAUGGGCAGGGAUUCAAUGAUGGCGGGUGCUUCCGAUGUUACGUUCUGAUGCAGGAACAGAACAUCACUCCGAACAUCCCUGGAGCAGUGUCGCUUCGACUCGGAGACUUCGAGAAAGAACCCAAGACACACGUCCGUUUGGGAGAGCCAACGUGGGAGGGAGGGUUUAUGGGGAGGAAGAUUCUCGACGAGGUGCUCGAGCGUGGCGGUGUGGGCAGCCCAUGAAGCCAGAGGAGGUGGACAGCCGUUCUGGGAGGAUAGCCGUGUCUUUAUUUAUGCGGGGGGCGACAGCCCUGGCGAUCCUCGAAGCCUGUCAGAAUCUGGCCCUCACGGUUCACGUCGCGAUCCAGUUCGAGGACCCCGACUCGAGUGAGGUUUGCAAAACCAGCUCGGGGCGG